CGGGAGCUCUGCCAGACGGCGCGGGAGCUGCCAAUAAACGGGGGUGGCCGCGGGGGCCGCGCGGUCCCCGCCGGGCUCUCCGUGACCGCUGCGACGUGAUUUGACCCGUCCGUGUAGGCAGCGCCUCGGUGUGAGCCUCGCGGCUCCUAAAAUCCCGUUUCCRUAGCGGAAACCGUCCCAGCUGGGGACCGUUAACUGCUGGUUAACGGCCCUAGCGCUCGUACCUGUGGCUGUCACAACCUCCGCACCCCGGCGCGUUCCCGUCCUGCCAGCCCCAGGGCUCCCCAGUCGCUGCAGAAACCCGGCGUCGCUGCAGGGUGUGCGAGGGCUGCCGCCUUCCAGUUGGGUUUUACCGGUUUGGAGCACUUAUUGUGCUCAGCACCCUGGAAUCCCUGCGCUGCCCUUGAGCUCUAAGAGCAGCAAGGGGCUGUGGUCACCAGGAGCUGCUCUGCUGACAGCCCUAGAGCAAAAAAGCGGCCGUGUGGAUUAUAACCGAGUCUCAGCUCUGUCUGACACGUUGGUAGUACCUGAAAGCCCUAAUGGCCCUCUCUGAGAGACCCUAUGGUGUUUUAUUCUGCAUGUGUUCAUUGAAAAGCCUGUAUUUUUAAAGCUGUCUCUUUUUCACUGCAACCAGCAUAUGUGUUUUCGUUGUCUAACAGAUGACGAUGAUGAUGUUGAAGAUGAUGACUCAGAUUCCCAGGCUGAAACGGAAGGGGAGAGGGAAGAGGACAGUAGUGAUGAUGAUAUCGAAAACAGUCUCCCAGAAGAUCCAGAAACUUGUCUGCAGAUGAACCACGUGUACCAGGAGGUUAUCCAGGAGAAGAUUGAGGAAGUUGAACUUUUGAUUGCCCAAAACAGAGAACAGCAGAAGGAAAUCACGUGGGAACUUGGUGGUCCAAAGCCAGCAAAAGCAGGAGAUGGUAGAAGCUUGCCAUCGAAUAUAUUUCUAGGUCACUUUAUGAAGCCAUACUUUAAGGAUAAAACAACAGGAAUUGGCCCUCCAUCCAAUGAAGAUGCCAAGGAAAAGGCAGCUCAAGGCAUAAAAUCCUUUGAACAACUAAUUGCAACAAAAUGGAAAAGCAGAGAAAAGACGUUAUUGCACCAAUCAAUAGUAAGCGACCGCUUGCAGCGCCUCCUUCAGCCCAAGUUACUGAAGUUGGAGUACUGGAACCAGAAGCUGGCAAAAGUCAAGACAGAAAUUGAGAAGCAGAUCUUGGAAAAGCAAAUCAAAGAAGCAGAACGAGAAAUAGAGGCAAUUAACCAACUCCCCGAAAGUGACUUGCUGGGAAGCAGGUUUGAUGAGCAUGACUGGGAUAAGAUUUCAAACAUCCAUUUUGAUGGGCAUCGUAAUUCCGAAGAAUUGAGGAAAUUUUGGCAAAAUUGGGAGCAUCCGAGCAUCAACAAAACAGAAUGGAGUGAGGAGGAAAUCGAGAAGCUGAAGGAAAUAGCUGCUAACCACAACUAUCUGCACUGGGAGACUAUAGCCCAGGAACUGGGGACAAACAGGACCGCCUUCCAGUGCCUGCAGAAGUACCAGGCCUAUAACAAAGACUUGAAAAGGAAGGAAUGGACCAAAGAAGAAGACCGGAUGCUUGCAGAUCUCAUUCAGGAGAUGAGAGUUGGAAGUCAUAUCCCAUACAAGAAAAUUGCUUAUUACAUGGAAGGAAGAGAUUCUACCCAGCUGAUUUACCGAUGGACAAAGAGCGUGGAUCCCAGUUUGAAGAAAGGACCCUGGACACCAGAGGAAGAUGCUAUGUUGUUGGCUGCAGUUAAGAAGUAUGGAGCCCGUGACUGGUACAAAAUUCGGACAGAAGUACCAGGAAGAAGCGAUGCUCAGUGCAGAGAUCGGUACUUAAAAGCAUUGCACUGUGAUGUAAAGAAAGGCAAAUGGAGUUUGGAGGAAGAGGAGCAGCUAAUUGAACUGGUGGAAAAGCAUGGUCUGGGUCACUGGAGCAAAAUAGCUUCUGAACUGCCGCAUCGGACUGGCUCCCAGUGUCUGAGCAAGUGGAAACUCAUGAUUGGGUCUAAGGAAAAACGAUCUAGGCUACGGAAACACCAAUACGGGCGCAGAGAGAGUUCCAGCUCUCCGGAGASUAGCAGUGAAGACACAGAAGAAGAACUGGAGAUAACGGAAAGCUCCGAGGAGGAGACAGAGGAGAAGGAGGAGGAGGAGGAGGAGUGUGUGGUUCCUGCCAUUGACUUGUGGAUACCRACACGGACAGACCCCCAGGGGUCAAACCAAGGAAGAUCCCAAACUUCAUCCCUUUUCCCUUAUACGAGCGCUGAGGCGAAGAUGGGGAGCAGCGACAUUCCCGGCGCAGUGUCUGAGGAAGGCAAAGACGGAGUUGCCAGUAAAUCAGCAGAGCUGAACACCAUCCUGAGGGGCAUGGCGCAUCCGCACUCCUCCGACAUCAGUGUGAAGAAUCCCCUCGAAGAAGUGACCAAGGCUUCCAGAUGUGGCAAACAAGUGCUGCGGGUUUCCCUGGAGAAUGUGAGAAAAGUACUAAGAAAAAACACAUACUUUCAGAGGAAACAUCAAUCAAAGAUAGUAAAACCUUCUGCCACCACUUCAACAGAAGCACCCGGAGUUAGUAGAGCUGUUGGCCAGGGGCCUCGGGGCCUGCCGAACAGCAUGGAGAAAGCUUAUCGUCAAGAGAGAGAGCGUUGGAGAAGAAUUAACCUUGACAGGAGGCUCCUCAUGGCAGUGACACCUUGGGUGGGCAAUGUACUGCUGCCAUACACCCUGCAGACCGGGAAGAUGGCUUUUCAUCACACUAAAGCUGAAGCCAUUCAAGAGAAGAUGAGGUCCAUCAGUCUCACGAGCACUCCCCUGUUCACACUUUUCAUUCAGCUCUUUCAGAUUGAUACCAAUGGUUGCAUGAAGGUUAUUCGUGAGAGAAAGCUAAGGCAGUUGGAGCUCGUUAAGGCCAAUGUGCGAAGGCCUCAGCAGGUUUCCCAAAAUGUGGAGACUUCUUCAGGUGAUUCAUCACACCCUUGUGCUCAGAGGCCCUCCCAAAAGGGGAUACCGAAGAACACGGUCAGGAGACCCGUGGUCUUAAAAUCAAGAAACUCAUCCGUAGCUGUGCUGGACGCCCUUGCCACGCAGGCAGCUCUGCCAACCCAGGUUCAAAGGCAAAAGCCAAAAACUGUCUCGGAAUUGCUGAGGGAGAAGCGGCUGAGGGAAUCCAGGGCUAGUAAAUCCGUUCAGAGGCCAGUGUUUGUUGCCCCACCGAUGCUGGUUUCGGGGCCUAUGAUAAUCCCGCGUCCACCGCACCACAUCAUUCCUUCUGCACAAGUAGGGAAGCAACUUGGAGCAGCUGCUUGUAGCAGUAGCCAAGUACAGCACGUUCCUCUGCCAGCAGUAACUUCAGUUGCAGGUUCAGCUUCUAGCACCGUUGUGCUGGAAAACCAUUCCUCUCCAGGACUAGCCCCUGUGCAAAGCCCUGGCUCCUCCCAAGCAACAGAAGUGGAAGCCAGCAAGGAACUAAGUGAGCAAACCAUUGGAAAUAGCCCCGGUGGAGGGGGUUUUCCAGCCACGGGUCCAGCUACAGUGCAGAAGGCCCCAAAUUUGGGAGGGGGCGGUGUUCAGCUUGCAGCUGGUAGCUCAGCUCCAGUAGURCUGCAGAACCAAGCUUUUGUGCCACAAAUUACAGUGGUCCCUGUUGGCAUCGAGUCUGGCAACCAGAACUUGUCUCUGUGCCCGCCAGGGCCCUGCAAGCUGAAUGGUGACGGGUCCCAGCAGAGGCCACUCAACCUGCUGCCCACCCUGGUGACGGCCCAGCCUGGUUCCCACGUGGUGACUAACAGCGUUUUGCCCAUCACGUGGGUCGUAGCACCCCAGGCCCUGCUUUCCAAUCCCUUGCAGACCGUGGUGGGUGUUCAGGGGCUGCUAGCUGCUGCUGCGAGAAGCCAGAGUCAGGCAGGAGUGACUUCCAAYGGGAGCAGUUCCGGUGGUUUGGGAGCAGCUGCUGUGCCAGGAGGGGGAAGUGUGUCCCCCGCUAGCUCUACAGGGACGGAGGCUGCAGGUCCAGCGCUGGCUGCAGGGCCGCUCUUGGGAAAAGCUGUUGGUUUGAACCAUUCCAUGCUGCUCUUGCCUGCAACCUCAGCCAACCCUGGAUGCCGCUCGCUGAAUGCGGCCGCAACACCUGCGUGCCCCGAUGGCUUCUCCAAAGCUUCUGACUCCUCUGCAGCUCRGGCUGCUUUUCCAGCUGAUGGACCAACCUUGCACACUGCGGUGCUGCCUCAGAUGCAGCCCCCUGCAAGCACCCAAGGGUCCCAUUCCCACUGUGUGCCAAGUGCCACGCCAUCUACCCCAGCCGUCACCRGGAAAGCAACCGGGCUGCAGCCAAGAGAUGCAGUUCCUCAGAGCAGCGCCCCAGGAACCCCCCAUGGCAUUGCAGCUCGAGUAGGGAAGAACAGACCCCUUGCCUGCAAACCCCCAGCAGAGCGGCCACCCCGGCCAGCGACCUCCAGCGCGGAAAAGAACCCGCUCGACUGGAGCCUCAUUUCCCUGGAGGACGAGGCACGAGUGAAGGAGUGGCUGAGUGGGAAGCAAGGYGUCCAGGUCCCCUCGCUGCAGACCAGGCUGCCUUAUUUGCCACCUUUUCUGUGCAAUCUAAAAACCCUUUCAAAGCUCCUUCUGCAGAAGGCAGCUUUGGAAGAGCGAGCAGCGUGUCUUUUGCCGGCUGAUUCAAGUCGGGAUGAGGAGCCUAGGGAUAACUUGGAAGCUAUCAGAGAACUGGUGGAGCAGAAACUUGGUGACAACCCUGCUUAUCUCCUGCUAAAAGCCAGAUUCCUGGCAGCAUUUACGCUCCCAGCAGUGCUAGCAACUCUGCCUCCUCCCAAAGUGACAACGACCCUGUCUGUGAGCAGAAGGGAAUACAACGAGAGCGAUGAAGAGGAGUGGCAGAGCGGGAAGGAUGAAGCAGGUGAAGGGAGCUGUGGGGAAGACUUGCAGGGUGAACAGCUGGAUGGGGCAGCUGGUGCUGAGCCUGGACACCGCGAUGCUGACUUCUCAAAUCAGGACAUGGAGACCGAUGAGGUGGCUUCCCAGGGCUCCUGCACUGAUGCGACCGCUGCCAGCGCUCCUCAAAUCAGGAGAAGUGCCCGCUUCAGGAAAAGGAAGAGGACGGGAGAGGCAACGAAUGAGCUUUGAUCAAGCCAGAAUCUAAGGAGGAUCYGCAGGAAAGACAAGGAU